AUCUUUAGAACUAAACAUGGAGCUCUCGCUCUUUCUUCAAACCUCCUCAAAACCCUCACACCCUUUCUCAAUUCCUCUCCAUUUUCUUCAAUUCCCAAACCUAAUUUCUCCACUCCCACAAGACCCACUUCACUCAUUGUACCACCACCACCACCAUCAGCAACAACAACAACCUCACAAAUAUUGAUGAUUUGUUAAAGGGUUUUAAAGAAAAAUUGAACUCUAAUCUUGUGCUUCAAAUUCUGAUGAACUAUAGGCAGUUGGGUAGGAUUAAGACCAUGGAAUUCUUUGCUUGGGCUGGAAUGUAAAUGGGUUUUCAAUUUGAUGACUGUGUUGUUGUGUUACUUGUGUACAUGGCUGAUUUCAUAGGUACGACGAAGCUAUUUGUUGAUAUCUAGUGUCUUUUGGUAACUGUGUUCUUACAUAAAGGUUGAGUUUCAUGUCGAACAUUUUCGAUUUGUAUUAGGUUUUUAGGUAGGCAGGGGAGAGUUAGAGAAGCCCUUUGCUUGUUUCAGGAAAUGGAAUCACAAUUUAGGUGUAAACCUGAUAAUCUUGUGGACAAUAAUAUGCUCCAUAUGCUUUGCAAGAAGGAAAGGUCUGAGGAACUAAUUGAUUUUGCACUAAUGAUUCUUAGGAGAAUCAAAUUUCCGGAUACGUAUUCUUAUAGUAAUAUUCUUGUUGGUUUAUGUAAAUUUGGUAGGUUUGAGACUGCACUUGAUGUAUUUGGUGAAAUAGGCAGGGCUGGUUUAGUCCCUACUCGGUCUGCGGUGAACUUUCUUAUUGGGGAGUUGUGUUCAUUGAGUGCAAAAGGAGGAGCUGUUGAGAAAGUUGUGAAGGAUGCUCAUAAACCCUUUACUAUUUUAGUUCCGAAUGUGGGUGCUAACAGCGGUGCUGUACAGCCUGCAGUUGCAGACUUCCAGUGUUUUGGGCAGUUCAUGAGAUGGGUUUAUUACCUAGUACAUUUGUUAUAAAGCAGCUAAUUUCAGAGCUUUGUCGAUUGGGCAAAAUGGAAGAAGCUGUUAAGUUGUUGAAACUUGUCGAGGGAAGGAAGCUAAGUUGUGUGGAAGAAGGAUACUCUAUUGUCAUACACGCAUUGUGUGAACACCGAUUGGUAGAGGAAGCCAGCCACUUGUUUGGGAAGAUGCUCUCCCAGGGCAUGAAGCCAAAGUUGGUUAUUUGCAAUUCUGUUUUUUUUUUCAAUGCUAUGCAAAUUAGGGAAUUUAGAUGAUGCAAAAAGGGUUUUUGAGAUUAUGAAUAAGAAGAGAUGCCUUCCAGAUAAUUUUACCAAUUUGUCAUUGAUCCUUGCUUAUGGUGAAGCUAGGAAUUGGGAAGAUGCUUAUGGCUUAUUGAUUGAGAUGUUAGGAUUGGGCUUAUCUCCACAUUUU